AAAUACGAAGUAUACUUGUCUCGUUUUCCACACAAAACACGAGAAACCAAACACGACUCUCUAUUUCUUGUUUCAGUCAUGGCUAUCUCUAAGGCUUUGAUUGCCUCACUUUUCGUAUCUCUUCUCCUUAUCCAACUUGUUUAUGCUGAUCAACUGGUGACAAGUGCCAGUAAGGGAACCACCGCCCCAAUGAAAAUCGACUGCGGUGGGGCUUGUGCGGCGAGGUGCCGGUUAUCGUCGAGGCCGCACCUAUGCAAGAGGGCGUGCGGGACAUGUUGCUCCCGCUGCAACUGUGUUCCUCCGGGUACUGCCGGUAACCAAGAAAUGUGCCCUUGCUAUGCUAGCUUGACCACCCACGGUGGCAGACGCAAGUGCCCUUAGAGUUUUUAAUCAACUUGGAUUGGAACGAAUCUUCUUCUAAGAGCUCUGUGGUGAAGUAAACGAAUUGCAUGGUGUAAGAAUAAAUAAAAUAAUGUGUCGUACGUAAAGCAGAACUCAUUUCUUUUCCCUUUUCUUUUCGGCAACAUUAUAUGUUUAAUUACUUGUUAUUUUUAUAGUUUGAAUAUAUUAUAUUUUAAUUAAUAAUAAUGAAGUUUGUAAUUCUAUUUGCU